AGACGGGCCAUUUUGGGCUGGAGCCAGCCAACGGCUCUUGGAUUGGUUUCGGAAGCGCCGACAGGCCGGAAGGGUCGCGUCGGCAGGGGUGGAUGUCUUUCGCCUACCGCGACAGCCCGCCCGGCUAUCCGCCUUUGGAGGAUCCUUACGCCUACAGCUACGGCCCAGGCUAUGCCAAUAGCAGUUACCCGCCGAACCGGGGGCCCUUGACAGUGGUUGCCAAUGCCUCUGUGCUCUCCGGCGAGAGCCAGUACUAUCACUGGUACAGAGUCGCCUUCCUGGGCGGCAUCGAGCUUCGGCAGUCCCCGAACAUCGAUGCACCGCGGGUGGGCACCAUGCUUGAACAGAACGCCACCUUCGCGGCUUCCGAGGAGUUUCCUGGGCCAGAUGGGCGAAUCUACCUGCGACUAGCGGAUGGACGAGGUUGGGCGUUCGAUGACAGUGCCAUCUACCCGAAUGACCCAGUGGUUGUGCGAGGCUUUUGGUCGCCGAUUGGGCCUGGCACUAUGCCGGCCGCGCCUCCUGAGCCGAACCUCGCGGCGCUGCAGUUGGGCGGCAUUGGAGCCAGAGGGCCCCUGGACCGCCCGCCCUCCACGGCGCCCUACUACGGCGGCCUGGGGCCGCCGCCGGGGCACCUGCCGCCCGGGGCGCACCCGCCCGGGUCGCUGGACGCCGCGCCGGGAGGCACCCCCUGGGUACUGGACCUGGGCAACGGCGCCCUGCCAGGCGAGCCGCGGCGUGAGUUCGACCGCGCGCCCGGGGGCCUUGGCCUCUUUCCAUGAGGUCCACGUCCGAAGGGCACGCGACGAGCACGCGAGUGGCCGGAUUGCACAGGGCAGUGAUGGCAGUCCAAGCGACUUUUUUCCGUUGGCUA